AUGUCUGAUCAAAAUGAAGACAACAAAGGUGUUAUUCGACGAAAUGGAGAACGAAUAAAAGCUGAUUCUAUGCGAGUAUUGCAUAGUCUUGCACAUAGUGUAGGUAGUAUACCAUAUAGAAGUUGGGUGAGUGGUUUACGAGGCAAUUCAAAUAGUAAUAGUGUUUGGUUGUUAGGAAAGGAGUACAACAACAUAAAAUGCGGUAAGUUAUAGUUAUUUUUUUGUGUUUUUAGGUCAAUGUGUUAUGAGUACACGUUUUUAUGCUUUUUCUUUUGUAGUUGUUAAACUUUUCGAACAUAAAAAUUUUUUUGACAUUAUUAUAGGUAACAUGUGACAAAAAAUAUGGCAAACAGCUUUUAAUCUUUGCUCUUUAACUCUUUCUUGUUUUUUUAGUUGUAAAAAAGGCAUUUUCAGAUUUGUUGGCAUCAGAUUUGCGAGGAAGAGUAUACUUGUCAUAUAGGAAUGGUUUUCCUCCGUUGAAUGAACAAGCAAGCUCAACUGCUGACACCGGAUGGGGCUGUAUGAUACGAACAUCACAAAUGUUGUUAGCUCAAGUUUUAAUAACACAAAAUUUAGGACGAGGUACGUUUUUGAUUAUUUUUGUUGCAUUUUAGGUAAUGAACUCCUAUAGUGAUAGGAAAGAAUAGGUGAUGUUUGUCAUAACUUUUUUAAAGAAUACGUUGGAGACUUAAAAUUUAUUAGAGGGUUAGAUCAGGGACGUCGCUACGGAUUUUCUCUGGGGGAGGGGGGAGGUCGAAAAAAUUUUUUUCGUCCACAGACCUGUGGACCGAUUUUUCAAAAUUUUUAUUUUUCGUUUUUUCACGUACAGGUACCUACCUGUGGAAUUUUUUUCGGAUUGGCUCUGGGGGAGGUAAUACCCCCCCCCCUACCCCCUCCCCCAAACGACGUCCCUGGGUUAGAUAAUUAGACUUAUUAACUACUAAGCUUAAAAAACGUAGGAAAAUGAAAUUUGUUUUAGACUGGAUCCGAGAAGAUGCUACUCCAUCCACCUUGUCUAACAUUAUUCGAUUAUUUGACGAUCACACAGGGCCUUUAGGAAUACACAAAUUUAUAAAACAAGCUCAAGACAAUGGGAUUGAGAACGCGGUCGGCAGAUGGUAUUCGCCUUCUGAAGCUUUUAUUAUAUUCCGUGAUAUUAUCUAUGCUUCCCACAACUGCCUAUUAUCACACUUGUCAACGCUUGUAUGUUUUGACAAUUUAGUGGUACUACAGGAAAUAGAAGAUGUUUCAGAAGGCUGGACGAAGAACGUUUUGGUUGUUGUACCUGUGAGGUUAGGGACAACUAGUGUUAAUGAGGUAGGUGGGGCUGUGUAACAUGUGUUUUUGUGAAACGUAUUUUAUAAAAUUUCUAUGAUUUGGAACAAAAAAAUUUGGCUUACAGAAGUAUUUUGAUGCUCUAAAGUAUCUCUUCAUGACAAAAUCGUUUCUUGGAGCUGUUGGCGGAAGGCCUAAACAUUCACUCUAUUUUGUUGGUACAUCACAUGAUGUAAGUUUUUACUUAUUGUCUUUUUAGAGGUUUUUAUGCUUUUGUAAUUUUUUUACAAUGUGUUCUUUAAAGUUUUUACAGAUUGGGAAAUUUUUUUUGGGGAAGUUUAAAAUUUUCCUUUCAGCUACUCCUAUACCUGGAUCCGCACAAAAGUCAGCCAUAUGCAAAGCUAGAUGGAAACGAAUCAGAAAAAACUUGGGAUUCUUAUCACACGUCAGAGAAGUUGUUUAUGAAGCUACACUCAAUAGAUCCAUCGCUGGCUCUGGGGUUUUUAUUAACAUCGGAGGAAGAAUGUAUAGGAUUGUUCGAGAAUUUAGCUGAAAACGAAGUUGUAGAGUACAAAAAUGAUCCCAAAAACCCUAUUUUUAGUGUGGUCAAAGAAAAAGUUGUUUACAACAACAUGGACAACGAAGAAAGGGUUGAGGAGAACGGCUUUGAGCUAUUGUAG